AUGCUCUUCGUGUGGCUUCUGCUGGUGCUGCCGCCGACCCUGGUGUUCGCCUAUGUCGUUCUGUCGGGUCUGUUCAUAUUGGUCCGCUCGGGUUUGAAGAACCCACAGUCGCGUACGCUCUGGGGAUCCCAUUUGGUCUUUGCCACGAUCAGCUCGGGCUACCUGCUCUCAUUCCAUGAGGCCUCCAAGCCCAUGUGGGGGUUCGUCGGUCAGAUGGUCUCGCACAUCAUGCUGCAGCUCAGCUCCAUUACAUCGGCGUCGAUAAUUGCCGACCAGUCGACGAUAUUGCACCAGAUCGACUGGCUGGGCGAAUCCACGGUCAUGCUGCUGCCCAUCAUUGAGCGCAAUGCCCCACUCUCGCACCUUAUUGCCGUCGUCCUCGGUCUUUUCAUGUCCAGCUUUGUCACAUUUAUGACCGCCUCGCUCAAGCAGCGCAAGAUCCCCGAGCACAUGUACUCGUUCGCCGACACGUCCUUCAGAAUUGCGCUGAGCCUCGAGUUCUAUCUGGGCACGGUGAUCUGGUUCCGCUUUUGCCUGGCGCCCGUCCUGGCGUACUUGGGCAUGACCUCUACACACACGGCCAACAUUCAAUGGAGUGGAACGCUCGUUCUGGGCUUCUCACACACGACUGCCUUUGCGUUUGGCAGUUUCCUCUACCGAGACUACUAUUGCCGAGGGUUCGACAAGAAGCCCCAGAGCGCGUUCAUCAAGCACUACUCGCUCUAUGGAUUCAUAUUUGUUAUUUGCCGUGUGGUCUCCCAGGUGCUAUGCUCCAUGCGCGCCUGCAGCCGCAACGGCGAGGCCCUCCUCAUGCUCGUCAUUUACUUUUUGGCGUUCCUGCAUGUCACUAUCGAGAAUGAGACCUUUCAUAACGUCGUUUGGCCGAUCAUAUCCAUGAUGGGAUUUGCCGUCUUCUUCCUGGACGCGUACCUGAGCCUCUUGGCGGCUCAGAUCGGCUCGUUCCUCAUGACACCCAUUGCCUCGGCGCCACCACUGGUCGUCGUUCUAUUGUUGGGAGCCUCGAUGUCCACCAUUAUCCGCUAUCUGACCUCAUCCCCGACCACCAAUGACAAGGAUGACAUGAAGCUGGUCCCUGAGCAGAUGCACGACCAAAAGCGCCGUGCUCUCCAGUUCCCCCCUCCUUAUCCCAAUGGAUGGUACAAGCUUGCCAAGUCUGGAGAUGUCAAGCCCGGUCAGGUCAUCAACGUCAAUGGUCUCGGUCACUCGUUUGCCGUUUUUCGGGGCGAGGAUGACGAGCAAGUGCAUGUCUUGGACGCCUUGUGCCCGCACCUAGGCGCCAACAUUGCGAUCGGCGGCGUGGUCGAGGGCAGCACGGUCGCAUGCCCCUUCCAUGGCUGGAAGUUUGACGGCUCGGGUGCUUGCAUCGACAUCCCUUACUCCAAGUCGAUCCCCUCAUUGGCCCGGACCAAGCGCUGGAUCCAUCGCGAGUAUGCCGGUAUAAUUGUAGUCUGGUACGAUGCCGAGGAUCGUGAACCCAUGUACGAACCCGUCCCUUCUCCCUUGGCCGAAGGCACCUUUCGCAGGGUCGGCUACCGCAAGAGCACCGUCCCCAUGCAUAUCCAAGACUUUGCCGAGAAUACUUCGGACUGGAUGCACUUCAGCCUGUUGCACGAUCGUCUGUCGAUCCCGAUCCUGGGCCGAUUCCUGUACAUAAAGCACCGGACCAAGUGCAACUUUGACGAAGAGACCAACCCGUACAAUUUUGUCUUUACGGACCACGCGACCGUCCACACCAUCUUUAGCGACAAGCCCCUCACGGCGGAGGUGUUGGCCCAGGUCGAUUUUACAGGUCCCGGAGGGCUAGUGUUUUUCCGGCUCUAUACACCCCGUGGACUGGUCAUCAUCAUCAAGUCGUUUUUACCCGUUGGCGAAAAGGGUCUGCAAUUGACCAUGGAGGAUGAGGUCUAUGCCGAGAACUCGGUGCCGUACCUGGUAGUGCUGCAUGUCAUCCGGGAGGCUAACAAGACCUUUGACGACGACAUCCUUGUCUGGCGCCACAAGACGUACAGGCAUCGCCCGAUCUUUGCCAAGGAGGAUGCGCCUGUGAAGAAGUUCCGCAAUUAUUACAAGCGGUUCUACUCGCCAAACAGCCGUAGCUAUGCGCACGACACCCUGGAUUGGUAG